AUGCCCCCCAAGAAGCUCGCGCCCAAUGAGCGCGCCAAGCUCGGCCGCCCGAGCAACAACCUGAAGAUGGGCAUCGUCGGCCUGCCCAACGUCGGCAAGUCGUCGCUCUUCAACGUCAUCGCCAAGUGCGACCUGGGCAAGAGCGCCAACUUCCCGUACGCGACCAUCGAGCCGGAAGAGGCACGCGUGCCCGUGCCCGACGAGCGCUUCCUGUGGCUCGUCGACCUGUACAAGCCCAAGUCGCAGGUGCCGGCAUUCCUGACGUGCAUCGACAUUGCCGGCCUCACCGCCGGUGCCUCGACGGGCGCCGGUCUGGGCAACGCCUUCCUGUCCAACGUGCGCUCCGUCGACGGCAUCUUCCAGGUCAUCCGCGCCUUCGACGACGCCGAGGUGAUCCACGUCGAGGGCGACGUGAACCCGAUCCGCGACAUGGAGAUCAUCAGCACCGAGCUGCGGCUCAAGGACAUUGAGUGGGUGGAGAAGAGCAUCGAGGCACAGAAGAAGCUCUGCCGCGGCGCCACGGGCCUCAAGAAGAAGCAGCUCGACGAGGAGCUGGCGACGAUGGAGAAGGCGCUCAAGAUGCUGCAGGAGGACAGCCAGGACGUGCGCAAGGGCGAGUGGGGCAAUAAGGAGAUCGACACGCUCAACGAGAUGAAGCUGCUCACCGCCAAGCCCGUCAUCUACCUCGUGAACCUGUCGGAGCGCGACUACGUGCGCCGCAAGAACAAGUGGCUGCCGAAGAUCAAGGCGUGGAUCGACGAGAACAACCCGGGCGACCAGCUCAUCCCCUUCUCCGUCUCGCUCGAGGAGCGCCUCUUUGCCCUCGGCGGGCCCGACGCCGAGGCCGAGGAGCUCAAGAAGCUCGGUGACAACAUCACCGGCGCCAUGAGCAAGAUCACAAAGGCCGGCUACGACGGCCUGGACCUCAUCCGCUACUUCACCUGCGGCCCCGACGAGGUGCGCGCGUGGUCGAUCCGCCGCGGCCUCAAGGCGCCGCAGGCCGCCGGUGUCAUCCACACGGACUUUGAGAACAAGUUCGUGUGCGGCGAGAUCAUGGCCUUUGCCGACCUGAAGGAGCACGGCACCGAGUCCGCCGUCAAGGCUGCGGGCAAGUACGUGCAAAAAGGAAAGCUCUACGAGAUGAUCGACGGCGACAUUGCCUACUGGAAGGCCGGCGGCUAG